AAGGCCGGAAGCUUCUGCGUACUAGGCGAGGCGUGGGGAAACGAAGUCCGCUUGUUCGUGUGCGUAGGGGCGGCGUGGUGCAGGGCGGCUACGCUGCGGAAUCGGCGUAGGGGACGUUAGCGAAUCGGCGGGGCGGAGGCAGCGGCAGUAGCAGUAGCUGGGGUUGGCUGGUGGGGGGAGGGGGAGCUCGGUCACUGCCGCCGCGGCUGAGGUGGAGGAACGUCAACAGCAGCAGAUCCGCCGCCAGCGCCAUGGUAGCUCAACAGAAGAACCUUGAAGGAUAUGUGGGGUUUGCAAAUCUCCCAAAUCAAGUUUACAGAAAGUCUGUGAAGAGAGGGUUUGAAUUCACGCUCAUGGUAGUAGGUGAAUCUGGAUUGGGAAAAUCAACAUUAAUCAACUCAUUAUUCUUAACAGACUUGUAUUCCCCAGACUAUCCAGGUCCUUCACAUAGAAUUAAAAAGACUGUACAGGUUGAACAGUCAAAAGUUUUAAUCAAAGAAGGUGGUGUUCAGUUACUACUCACAAUAGUUGACACACCAGGAUUUGGAGAUGCAGUGGAUAAUAGCAAUUGUUGGCAGCCUGUUAUUGACUACAUUGACAGUAAGUUUGAAGACUACCUGAAUGCAGAAUCUCGUGUGAAUCGACGUCAGAUGCCAGAUAAUAGGGUGCAGUGUUGUUUAUACUUCAUUGCUCCUUCAGGACAUGGACUUAAGCCUUUGGAUAUUGAGUUUAUGAAACGCCUGCAUGAAAAAGUCAAUAUCAUUCCACUUAUUGCCAAAGCAGACACACUUACACCUGAGGAAUGCCAACAAUUUAAAAAACAGAUUAUGAAAGAAAUCCAAGAGCACAAAAUUAAAAUAUACGAAUUUCCAGAAACAGAUGAUGAAGAAGAAAAUAAGCUGGUUAAAAAGAUAAAGGACCGUUUACCUCUUGCUGUGGUAGGUAGUAAUACGAUCAUUGAAGUUAAUGGCAAGAGAGUCAGAGGAAGGCAAUAUCCUUGGGGUGUUGCAGAAGUUGAAAAUGGUGAACACUGUGACUUCACAAUUUUAAGGAACAUGUUGAUAAGAACUCACAUGCAGGACCUGAAGGAUGUCACUAACAACGUACACUAUGAGAACUACAGGAGCAGAAAACUGGCAGCUGUUACGUACAAUGGAGUUGACAACAACAAAAACAAAGGGCAGCUAACUAAAUUUGACACAGUUGAAGGCAUGAGCCCUCUGGCGCAGAUGGAAGAAGAGAGAAGAGAGCAUGUGGCCAAAAUGAAAAAAAUGGAGAUGGAAAUGGAGCAGGUCUUUGAAAUGAAGGUCAAAGAAAAAGUUCAGAAACUGAAGGACUCUGAAGCUGAGCUCCAACGACGCCAUGAGCAAAUGAAGAAGAACUUGGAGGCGCAGCAUAAAGAAUUAGAGGAAAAGCGCCGCCAGUUUGAGGAUGAGAAAGCCAACUGGGAAACUCAACAGCGUAUUUUGGAACAACAGAAUUCUUCCAGAACCUUGGAAAAGAACAAGAAGAAAGGGAAGAUCUUUUAAAUACAUCUAUUGACCACCAGUUAUGUAUUAGUUGCCAAUAUGCCAGCCUGGACAUCAGUGUUCGUUGGAUCCGUUUGACCAAUUUUGCACCAGUUGUAUCCAUAACAAUGGAUUUAACAGCAUGACAAAUUUUUUGUUAAUUUUGAUGGAGAUUGAGAUGCCUUGAAUUGUCUAGGAUGUUGUGUACUUGGAAAAAUAACAGCUCUAAGUACUUUUUCCUUUUUUAAAAAAAAAAACAUGUCAUUUUAACACACAAAAAAAACAUUUUACUGUUGUACAAUCAUGUUCUGGUGGGUUUUUUUGUUUACAGGAUAUUCCAAAAUACAAGGACUCUGGAAGGUUUUCAGUGAGGAUAAAUUGCCAUAAUAUGAUACAAACUAUGCUUCUCUAUUAUAAUACAAGAAUUCCAUUCAGUGCAGCAUAUACAAUAAUGUAAUUUAGUCUAACACAGUUGCCCUAUUUUUUUGACACUUCCAUUGUUUAAAAAUACACAUGGAAAAACAAACGUAUAGGCUUACAGUGCACCUAAAGCUUUUUAUAACAACCUUUCUUUGUUUUGGAUUCUUUAAAUAUAUGCUAUCCUCAUUUAGUAACUUCUUUAGCCAGAAGAAUUUCAUUACUGCUUCAUUUUUGUAAUAACAUUUAAUUUAGAUAUUUUUUCAUAUAUUGACUCUGCUCAAUAGAAUAUAGCUUCUUUCAUAUGGUAGGAACCAGUGAGUAAAUCUUUCCUUUAACUCCCUUUUUACAUUUUAUGGUAAGUAGCAGGAAAAUGCAUUUAUAGGUCAUUUUUAGGCAAAAUUGUGGAGUUAACUACCAACCUGUUUCUACCUGUGUGCAGUCUUUCUUUAUUUUACUAGAAAUGGGAAUCAUGGCCUCUUGAAAAAGUCACCAUUUUGCAUUUAGCUGUAUUCAUAUACUGCAUUUCUGUAUUUUUGUUUGUAUUGUAAAAAGUCACAUAAUAAACAAUGUUGUGAUGUAACUUGCUGAUGUGUGAUACGCUUUCAAGAAAUUGCAUAGCAAAGUAUUCACUAUGGGAAAUAUUUCAAUGUAACCAUGCUUAGAUGUAAAAAUUAACUUUGCAUUUA